GUCGUCUAUUCCACAGCAGCAGAAUCAACAGCAGCAGCAGCAGCAGGGCGGGGGUGGCGAGGUGCAGCGGUGGUAUCUAGACAACAGUGAGCUAGAGGCGUUCCUCCGGGCCUAUGUGGACCGAUGCAGCCACAUGGCACGCCUCUACAGCAUCGGCCGCAGUGUGCUGGGCGUGCCUCUGUGGGUGCUUCUCAUCACGUUGAACCCAGCUGAAAAGCGCCCUCGCUUCACAUUCAAGUACAUAGGCGGAGUGCAUGGGGAUGAGCCGUUGGGGCGGCAGCUGCUGCUGUACCUGGCGGACUGGCUCUGCAACAACUACCCCUCGCACCCCCUCGCGAGGGAGGUGGUGGAGGGGGUGGAGCUGCAUCUACUACCAGCCAUGAACCCCGAUGGCUUCACGCUGCACACCAGGGAGAACGCCAACCGAGUCGACCUCAACCGCGCCUUCCCUGACCACUGGUUUGCGGAGAUGAAUGCGGAGGAGGCGGGGCGGCAGGCGGAGGUGCGCGCCGUCAUGCGCUGGACGCAGCGCCACCACUUCAGUGCCUCUGCUAGCCUGCACGGGGGAGCACUAGUGGCGAGCUAUGCUUGGGACGGCACCCAGGAUAAAGGGUACUGCCCUUGCCCACCCCAACCCAUCCACAUGCCGCCAUGCAUCUCCAUAUGCCGCCAUGCAUCUCCAUGUGCCGCCAUGCAUCUCUCUGUGCCGCCAUCCAUCUCUCUGUGCCGCCAUGCAUCUCUCUGUGCCGCCAUGCAUCUCUCUGUGCCGCCAUGCAUCUCUCUGUGCCGCCAUGCAUCUCUCUGUGCCGCCAUGCAUCUCCAUGUGCCGCCAUGCAUCUCCAUGUGCCGCCAUCCAUCUCUCUGUGCCGCCAUGCAUCUCUCUGUGCCGCCAUGCAUCUCUCUGUGCCGCCAUGCAUCUCUCUGUGCCGCCAUGCAUCUCUCUGUGCCGCCAUGCAUCUCUCUGUGCCGCCAUGCAUCUCUCUGUGCCGCCAUGCAUCUCUCUGUGCCGCCAUGCAUCUCUCUGUGCCGCCAUGCAUCUCUCUGUGCCGCCAUGCAUCUCUCUGUGCCGCCAUGCAUCUCUCUGUGCCGCCAUGCAUCUCUCUGUGCCGCCAUGCAUCUCUCUGUGCCGCCAUGCAUCUCUCUGUGCCGCCAUCCAUCUCUCUGUGCCGCCAUGCAUCUCUCUGUGCCGCCAUGCAUCUCUCUGUGCCGCCAUGCAUCUCUCUGUGCCGCCAUGCAUCUCUCUGUGCCGCCAUGCAUCUCUCUGUGCCGCCAUGCAUCUCUCUGUGCCGCCAUGCAUCUCUCUGUGCCGCCAUGCAUCUCUCUGUGCCGCCAUGCAUCUCUCUGUGCCGCCAUGCAUCUCUCUGUGCCGCCAUGCAUCUCUCUGUGCCGCCAUGCAUCUCUCUGUGCCGCCAUGCAUCUCUCUGUGCCGCCAUGCAUCUCUCUGUGCCGCCAUGCAUCUCUCUGUGCCGCCAUGCAUCUCUCUGUGCCGCCAUGCAUCUCUCUGUGCCGCCAUGCAUCUCUCUGUGCCGCCAUGCAUCUCUCUGUGCCGCCAUGCAUCUCUCUGUGCCGCCAUGCAUCUCUCUGUGCCGCCAUGCAUCUCUCUGUGCCGCCAUGCAUCUCUCUGUGCCGCCAUGCAUCUCUCUGUGCCGCCAUGCAUCUCUCUGUGCCGCCAUGCAUCUCUCUGUGCCGCCAUGCAUCUCUCUGUGCCGCCAUGCAUCUCUCUGUGCCGCCAUGCAUCUCUCUGUGCCGCCAUGCAUCUCUCUGUGCCGCCAUGCAUCUCUCUGUGCCGCCAUGCAUCUCUCUGUGCCGCCAUGCAUCUCUCUGUGCCGCCAUGCAUCUCUCUGUGCCGCCAUGCAUCUCUCUGUGCCGCCAUGCAUCUCUCUGUGCCGCCAUGCAUCUCUCUGUGCCGCCAUGCAUCUCUCUGUGCCGCCAUGCAUCUCUCUGUGCCGCCAUGCAUCUCUCUGUGCCGCCAUGCAUCUCUCUGUGCCGCCAUCCAUCUCUCUGUGCCGCCAUGCAUCUCUCUAGCAGCACGCACUACGCCGCCUCGCCAGACGAUGCCACGUUCCGCCUGAUGGCGUCCACCUAUGCUGCUGCCCACCCCUCCAUGGCGCUCUCACGUGACUUCCCCGGCGGCAUCACCAACGGCGCCUCCUGGUACCCACUGUACGGGGGAAUGCAGGACUGGAACUACGUGGAGGCGCGCUGCAUGGAGAUCACCCUCGAGCUGCACAUUGCCAAGUGGCCCUCGCCCUUCCUCCUGCCUCAGCUGUGGGAGGACCACCGGCCAGCCCUGCUCGCCCUCCUCACCACCACUGCCAAGAUGGGGGUGCAGGGCACGGUGCUCUCUGCAGCCACAUCAGCGCCCCUGCCCGCCACCAUCGCUGUGCAUGGCAUCGACAUCCAGGUGAUGGCGUCAAAGCGCUUUGGGGACUUCUACCGCCUGCUGCCUCCGGGCAACUACACAG